UCCGGAAGCAGGAAGCAGUGUGAGUUCCCAGGACCUACCUGGCUUCGGGGAGAGGGUGCCACUAGAGGCAGGUGGGGGCACUAGAAGCAGCCUUGCUAGGGAGAGAGGAGGUAGCUGAGAUGGGACUUUCUGCUGAUGAACUGAAGCAGGGGCUCGAGGCCACCGCGGAGGAAGUACUGGGAAGGCUGAGGAGCCAGCAGCUGUUCCAGUCUGAAUGGGACAUCGCUGCCUUCGUGGUCUUUCUCACAUUCGUGGGCACUGUGGUGUUGUUGCUGUUCCUGGUUGUUGUUCACUGCUGCUGUUGCUGCUGUUGCACCUCCCCCAGGCCCCGGAAGGUGAGCCCCGGGAAGGAAAAGCCCAAGGGUGUGGAUAACCUGGCCCUGGAACCUUAACGCUAGCUUGCCCUUGGCAUGGGUCCUGCUGGAUGACAGUAACAGAGUCAAUGUUUGCCAAA